CAAGUUUUUGACAAUAUUCGUCAGGCAACAGGAAUCCUGGAAUAUACUACCUACCUACCUAGAUAAAAAUAAUAGUGGAAUCCUGUUCUUGUCACAUAAAAGAUAUUAUUUUGUUUAUACACAUUGUUGUAUAUUUUAAUAAUUUAGUCCUAAGCAAUAUACAUUAUUGUGGACAGUAUUUGUAAUAACAUCAAUAUGAGUUUCCUUUUUGGAAGCCGCUCGAACAAGACCUUCAAGCCCAAGAAGAACAUCCCAGAGGGCACGCACCAGUACGACCUGAUGCGACAUGCGGCCGCCACGCUGGGCUCCGGCAACCUGCGGCUCGCGGUCAUGCUACCCGAAGGCGAGGACCUCAACGAGUGGGUCGCCGUCAACACUGUGGACUUCUUCAAUCAGAUCAACAUGCUGUACGGCACCAUCACAGAGUUUUGCACAGAGGAGUCCUGUGCGGUGAUGUCUGCGGGGCCCAAGUACGAGUACCACUGGGCCGACGGCCACACGGUCAAGAAGCCCAUCAAGUGCUCUGCGCCUAAGUACAUCGAUUACCUGAUGACGUGGGCGCAGGACCAGCUCGAUGAUGAAACGCUCUUUCCUUCUAAAAUAGGCGUGCCGUUCCCCAAGAACUUCCUGUCGAUCGCGAAGACGAUCCUGAAGCGCCUGUUCCGCGUGUACGCGCACAUCUACCACCAGCAUUUCCCGCAGGUGGUGCAGCUCGGCGAGGAGGCGCACCUCAACACCUCCUUCAAGCACUUCAUCUUCUUUGUACAGGAGUUCAGCCUGAUCGAGCGGCGGGAGCUGGCGCCGCUGCACGAGCUCAUCGAGAAGCUGACGGCCAAGGAGGCGCGAUGAUGACUCCGCCGCCGCGCCGCUACACACAACGCUAAUGAUCAUUUUAUUUUGUAUUCUCCUCCGAGUUGCAUUUUUGGUUGGCGAAUUGACUGCACAGAACAAUUUCAGUUCCAUCGACUUUAUGCGCGCGGCUGCCUUCCGACUAUUGUCGGCCUACAUGGAGCAUUGCCAUUUGGAGUUCGACGCGAUGCGAUAGCGCGGCCACAAAAUAUAAGAUAUUUGAGAACAUUCUAUACGAAAAAUCGAGUGACAGCAAGCAGACCAUUAUCAUCUUCAUCCCAUUUGUGUCGAUCAGUUUGGAACGAAAUUGUAAUAGUUUAACACAAACAACAAUGGCGGGCAGACGACCAUAUAAAGCAUGUAAAUGGCGCCAAUAACUGUAAGUAGCGCCAUCAACCAUUUCAUAUUAUGAAUAUUUAUUGAACCCUUAUAAAACACAAACGAGUUUACACUGAAUUCGUUGUUUUUAGAUAAGUUUGUUUAUUGGUAUAUGUAGCUUCGUAGUAGUGUAUUGGUGGAGUUUGAAUGCUGGGAUGAUGCCUUCCUAUGAUAAUAAUGAUACCUAUAAGCAAUUUUACAUCAUUGGAAUCUAUAUUUGAUACAGAUGUAUUGUACAUUGCGAAUUGACUCGUAGGGCGUACUCUAGGUACUAUUGAUAAGUUUGUCGAAUUUUUUUUACCAAAUAGCAGACGAGCAUUUUGUACUAGUAAGGAUUUUUAUAUUUUCUCAAGAUAAAAGCGUUUUUAUUGGAUAUGUUAAUAAUAGAUUAUAAUUUUGGUAACAUUUGGCGUGGCCUAGGUAGAUCUUAAACGUUUGAAUCGAGGACCCCGUGCUGGCAGACGCUUAAGUUUCACGAGCGCCGCCAGCACAACUGAUACUGAAUCUUGUGAAGUGCUAUUUGUAUCUAUAAGAUUAAUUUAUUUUUAUUGAAGUCACAAGACAUUUUGGUCUGUGUGCUCAGAAUAUAGAUCUCGAAUUUGUGAUAGAUUCUCUAUUUGAACGGAUAAAAAAUUAAGUAAAAUCGAAAAAAAAAAAAAUAAAGCAAUUAUGAUUUAUGUAGAUGGCGAGUCAAAACGUGCGCAGACCAAAACUGACUUCUGACGAGGUAACAUUUAUUUAGGACAAUUGAAUUUUACUUUAUUUAUUGUAACUGUAACAUUGUGUUAAUGAUCGAAUUGGAGAUUUUAAUUGUAAAACUAUUUUUAGGAAGAGAGAACCCUCGUUAAUUACGGUGACAAUGUUCUGUGGUAGCAAGUACAGGAAACAUAGUGAAGAUUUCGAAUGAUAAUAGUAUUUCUCUUUCGUGUAGCACGACUGGUUAGAUGUAUGUGUUUCAACGUCAUGCGUGUGAGCAUGUGUGAGAGACAGCAGUGAGACGCAGCGAACCAUUGGUUUACUGCUUCUCACUUCUAAUCGAUUUGAUAAUGAGAAAUGAAAUGCAAACCCGCACUAAGCCCUCAAGAUGAUGUUUUCCUGGUACUUGAGGCAACAGGACAUCGUGGCCAACCGUAAAUACGAGAAACGGCUCUCCUUCGCUGCUAUAUUGUACAGUAAUCUAGUGGUUUAAUGAAUUCCACAUAAUGAGACCCUAUCACAAUCAACAUUUCAUAGCCUUAGAAAGUGGACUGUCCAGGACUCAAAAUUAAAAAAAUACUAAUAAUGAAUUUAUAGUAUUUUAUUAGAAAUAAUACACUCGGUGGGGAGUUCCUUGAUGUUUGUGGCAAAGUCUUGACAGCACAGCUGCAUUCCCAAAGACUGUUGACGUCAGGCAAGCGACCGGUCGUAAAACACAGACGAAUCUUCAAUUUACCUUACCAUUAUUAGUUCUGAUUACCAUUAGUAAUAAUCUAUAUAUAGAUUACUGUGAACGGCUGUGAACUACUUUUGAGCAUUUUAAUGGAAUGGUAUUGUAAAGUAGCCCAGACAAUGUUCAAAUGUAUAGUGUACCACGACCUAUAGACGUAUUGAAAUUAGUCUUGUCAAUGAAAGGCGCUCAAAAAAACA